AUGCUGGCUCGGUUCGCUCUUCGCCAUCCCGUUCACGUUAGGAACAUCGCGUCAACAUCUGUGGAUCCGCCAAGAGACCGAAAGUUGCUUGACUCUGCAUCAGCUCAGCUUUAUUACGACUGUGCUAACAAAUAUGACUAUGAGAAACUGUGUGAAGCUUUUGGCUUGCCUGAUUAUAUGUCGUCAUGGUAUAAGCUGACCCUGUUGCAUUGUUGGAUGGUUCUAAUGAGGAUGCAUAUUUCUUUGGAUGGUCAUGCUUAUCUGCGGUUAAAACGAAGUAUGUUGUCAACGUUAUGGUUCGACGUGGACGCUAGACUUAAAAUUGUUGGGACUGAAUUGAAACAAACUCUCAACACGAAGUCGGAUAUCCUACAUAUGCAUGGCCUUCAUUUACAGACUUUCCUGGAAUAUGAUGAAGGUUUCCUAGCAAACGACCGUCUUUUGGCAGCCGCCCUCUGGCGGUGUCUUUACUUGAGUCGAACGUUCGAUCCCGUCCACGUUUUGAGUGCUGUAGUGUACAUCCGAUCAACGUUGGCAUGGCUAGAUACAAUGGACAUCGAUGACAUCAUAGUGCAUGGCAUUAAGGAGUGGAAACAGAUCACACCUAAGAAUGCUGUGCCUGAUACGGGGGCAACUUUAGAGGAAACUGAUGAGAUGCGUAGAGCUAUAGGGCAGAUGUCGUAA